AGAAGACAGUUUUUUUAAUGACGGACUGACGGUUAUACGUGUGUUUGUGAAUAUGACAUUUUCAAUUUCUAUAGUUAAAUUAUGCAACGUAAAUCAUUUGUUUUAAAUCGUAAUAGUUCGUGAUAAAGUGUUUUAGAUGUUUUAAGUUAUCAUUUCAUUAAUAAUGGAUAACAUAUAAUUUUUUUUAUUAAAAAUCUAAUAAACCGUGAAUAUGAAUUUCCUAAAUACAUACUCGGUUGGCAUUUUUAAAUUAAAUCGCAAUUUAUCACAUAAAAAUGUUAUCAAAUAUUAUUUUACAUCAAAAAGUAGUUAUUCUACACGUGAGUUAUUAAAAGAGGCAUAUUGUCGUACAAAAUUAAAAUGUAGAUCUAAAAAAUUACCACAAGAUGUGAACCCUCAAGGUGUUUUUGCUUGUAAUGAGCUAGAUCUUUCUGAAGUGAAGGUUUAUGGAUUUGAUUAUGACUACACACUGGCGCAUUACAAACCAUCUUUGGAACAUCUGUUGUACAACCUUGGUAGAGAUAUGUUACUAAAUAAGUAUAAGUAUCCGGCAGAGAUAUCAAAAUUAGAAUACAAACCCGACUUCGCGGUUCGAGGAUUGCAUUACGACAUUGAAAAGGGUUUAUUACUUAAACUGGAUUCAUUUUUGCAAAUUCAAUUCGGUGCUGUAUACCGAGGUCUGACGCCAGUUUCAACGGAAGAGGUCCUGAAAUUGUACAGAAAUAGAAUUAUACCUAUUGCUUACGUAGAAGGUGAUACAAGAGUUCAUAAGGCAAAUAGAGCGAAAAUGGUGCAUCUAGCAGAUCUGUUCUCGGUGCCGGAAAUGGGUCUAUUAUGUAAUGUAGCUGAAUUUUUUAUCAAGAAUCAAAUAGAAUAUCACCCGGAAAUUUUAUUCUUAGAUGUCAAGAACUCAGUCAAGAGCUGUCAUCCGAUCAUGCAUAAGAUUGUAGCUCAGAACGUUGAAGAGUACAUCCGACCCAAUACUGACUUGAAGAGAUACUUCCAGUUACUCCAAGACAACGACAAGAAGCUGUUCCUAGUAACAAACAGUCCGUACCACUUUGUUAACGCUGGUAUGGAGAUGCUGGUGGGCACCGAAUGGAGGGAUUACUUCGACGUCGUCAUAGUUAACGCCAACAAGCCAAAGUUUUUCACCGAAGUCUCUCGUCCUAUACGGGUCUUCGACAAAAACGCCAACACUCACAUCUGGGAGAAGGUCACAUCUUUAGAGAAGGGAAUCAUUUAUUACGAGGGUACAGUGAAGCAGCUGCAGGAGUUGACGGGCUGGAGUGGGCAUCAGGUGCUGUAUUUCGGCGAUCAUCCGUACAGUGACCUGGCGGACGUGACCCUGGAACACGGCUGGCGGACGGGCGCCAUCAUCAACGAACUCACACACGAAAUAAACACACUCAACACGGAGACCUUCAAGCGUAACGCGAAUUGGCUUCAAAUGCUGACCCAGUUGAUAGAGGACCACCAGGACUAUAAGGAACCUGAGGCGAUGCAGGUCAUUGCUGACUGGAUGGCCGAAAGGGACUACCUCAGAAAUUCGACCAAAUCGGUGUUCAACAAGCAGUUCGGCAGCGUGUUCCGGACGUAUCACAACCCUACGUAUUUCUCCCGGCGUUUGUUCAGGUUCGCUGAUAUUUACACAUCCAACAUAAGGAACCUACUUCAAUUCUCGCUGACGCACACGUUUUACCCACGCCGCGGGGUCAUGCCGCACGAAUAUGGAUCUUAUUUCGUCUAGAUAAGGUUAAUUUUGAAUUGUAGUGAUAAGUUUAUAUGGAUCUAUAUAUAUGAUCUAAGAUAUCAUUUUUCUACAUAGAAAUAAUUCUUUAUUUUACUAGUCUUAUAUAAAAUCAAUCAGAAUUUCCUACAUUACUAUUAGUUGAAAAAUGUUUUACGGAAUUUUUCGGAAUAUUACGGAAUAUGAACUAUUAAGAGUGUACAAAUAUAUAUAUACUGUACAAAAAUGCUUCGCAUUUACCCUGAAGGAAUAUGCAGUAUUAUAUGCUUAAACUCGUAUGUUUUCAUAUGAAUCCUGUAGAUUUCUCGACAAAGUAUUCCUUGCAGCUCUAGUCAUGUAUAGAUAACAGAAUAAUGAAAGUAUUUUUUUCAUUGACUCCACUUUUUAUAACAGCUUUAUUGGAUAUUACUAGAUAAUAUCUAUAAUUAAGCAAAUUAAGAUCCCUCUACACCUUUUAUUACUCUACAUAUUUUUGCUUCAUAGUAUUGUGAAAUCAGUUAUUUUUAAAUAUAACAUAUAUUUUAUAAGGUUACGUUUCUUAUUUUGCGAUUUUAAUAUGUUUUUUUGUUUGCAGUUAUAGGAUGUAUUAUUUUAUAGCGUCAUUAAUUAUGUUUGAGACUGAUUUGGUCAUAUCGUAAUGUAAUGGAAACAACAAAAGACCCUCGGACGUUAUUAUAUAGGAUUUUGAAAAGGAUAUUGUUAUUUUUUUUUUUUUUUUGAAUAACUAUUGUUAUUGAUGUUAAAUCACGAUGCGACUUUGUAAUGUAUUUUAAAAAUAAUUAAAAAAAAAAUCCGUGUCGGUUUAGAUGCAAUUGUGCCAUGUGUUAGACAAUAAACGUACCAGAGAAAAUGA